AUGCAGAAGAUAGACUAUAGCAAUGUAAAGCAUUUUCUUACAUAUAAAGAAAUUAUGGAUGGGUAUGAAGUUAAUUCAGGUGAUAGCUACGCACAUAAAUGCAAGGGUUUGUAUAAUAGCUAUUCAUUUGAUGUUGAAUCUAGAAUACUUGAAAAAUGCCCUCAAGCUAUAUCAUAUUUAAAAAGGAUAAGUGAUUAUGACGAUAAGAAUAAGAGAAUAAUUGCUUAUAAUUAUUUGCAUUAUUGGAUAUAUCACGAUUUACUUCAGGAGAAAAAAAUCGAAAAUAACAAUUUGCCAUCUAUUUAUUUAAUUAAUGUAUUUAAGGAAAUUUAUAAGAAUAAAAGUCUAUCAGAUUUUUAUUCGGUAAAAUUUAAAACUAAUGAUGAUUUAGAAAAACUCUCAAUUAUAUAUGAGAUGCAUAAAAAUUAUGACAUAUUAGAAAAAUUUUGUUUAAAUAGAGAUAAAAAUGGUUUUUGUGAUAUCAUUAAAGAAAAGAUAGAUCCAUAUAUGAAGAUAUUUAAAAUUAAGGAUAUUGUUGCUACUAAAGAAGAAGUAAAAACUACCUGUAAAUCUAAUGUAUCAGGUCCAAUUGUAAUUACAUUUGUAGUGACGUUAUUAAUAUGUAUUUUUCUAUUCAUUCUGAUUAAGGUUAAUUGUUUCACCUCGUAUGGCACAUACUUACGCCUUGGAUUAGAUAGUAUAAAAAAAAAGUUAAGUACACUGGGUGAAUACAAAACACUACAGAAUUCUGAUAUAUCGAGCAGAAUUGCAAUGAAUGAAAGAUAUAAUAUAUUGUACAACGUUGAAUAA